AUGACGUCCGAUUUUACGCGGCGUGUUUUGACCCCGCCGGGCUAUUUGAGCGGUAUCGCUGUGGUUUGCACGCUGAUCAUCAACCUCUUGCUCAUAUGGCGCUGGAAUCUUUCUUCGUACGGCCUUCAGCUUCUGUUCUGGCCGAUUUUCGGGGCCGUUUUUGUCGUGUCGUUGUUCUAUUUCUUUGCCGUAACCAAUCGCCAGGAGUUGCUCGAGCGGUUCGGGAAAGUAAAGUUGUUGAUCAUCAUCGCAGUCGUGCUCGGGCUGCUGGUAAUUUCUGGGUGUUUACUGAUCGACUACGCUUCAAAAGCGUAUCGCUGGGGUGACGGGCUGUACAAAGUUCGAUACAUGUUGGCAUGCCUGCUCAACUGGGUCACCUUCGUCGUCUACAUCAUCUUGGGCGUGCUCACCUUCCUCGACAAA